AUGAAGGUCGCUCUGUUGCUUACUCCUAUCUUUGCCCUUGCGGCUCUUGUCUCAGGUUGCACUGACACGACUUCGUCUGCCUCAGCCUCCACUUCUACCAACUCUCCAACUCCCACUUCGACUCGUUCAUCACCUGUGCGUGCUGCUGUGAGUAUCUGGGCCAACGGCCAGGUUUCUAUUGCCAAGAGCAUGAUUCUUGCCAACAUCUCACCCUCUAGUUCUGCCAGCUGGUACUUUACGCAGGCUUCGUACAUCACUGGCAAUAUGACCGGCUUCUGGAGCAGCAGCAGCAACAUUAUCCUGCCGACUAUUCAAUAUAGCGGCGGUGUUAACAAGCCAGCCAACAUUGACUCCCAGGCAUUCCUGGUUGUGCUGCAUACUGCUCUCGAUGAUGGAUUUUAUACUGUCGAAUCUGACCAGAUGCUGUCCACUUUUGUUGGUACUAUCGCCAAGCUCCGGCCGCUAUACGCGAUCAAUGCUGCUACCUCAGCCACUAUCGCCGAUACCACUGUCCCCAUUGGAGAUACCUACAACGGAUACAACCCUGGCCAGCAAGGUAACCCGUGGUUACUGUUUACUUCGGCUGCUGCCGAGUACAGCUACUGCUUGAUUGAAACGUGGAAUAGUGCAGGCAAGAGUAUCACCUUCACCAAUUCGAUCUCGGUUGGUAGCGCUCACCCAAAGGAGUCGGCUAUAUUCACUGAGAUCCUGAACAGGGCCUACUCUGCCGGUGAUCUCUACAUGGCCCGCGCUGCUCACCACAUGGCUGCUGAUGGCAACAUGUGGGAGGAGUGGAACUGCAAAGCUGGUGCCUCUCAGGGUGCCCCGUAG